UCCGCCUGUCUCUCUUUGUCUGGAUUUCUCUCUAACUUGCUGACAUUCAAACUGUGAGGCUCUCAGCGGCAGGUCAUCUCAACCAAAGCAGAAGUAGGACGAGACAUACAAAAAACCACAUUCUGUCUGUCCUUCACAUACGGGUUGAGAAUUAUCCUGUGUAGUAGUCAUUUCAGAGCAUCAUGUGGGACUGUAGUGGCUUGGCUGCAAGUCAGCAUGUCUGAGGAGUCUCUUGUGACGUUCGCCCUUUGACUGGAUGGAGCUCUCUCUUCUGGAAUGUGUCUGAACUUCUUCACCCAAUUUGGACAACCAUCGCAGUCAAGAAACACCCCUUCUCAAAAAAAACAGGUGGAUUUGUUUAACGGGACAGCAACCAAAGAACGUGGCAGAUCUGGAGCUACAAUGAACCUCACGACCACAAUGCCACAGAUAACAAUGAACUUCACAAAUGCAACACAAUCUGACUCAGAUGAGUGUGUGGUUAUUGACAAAAGCAUCAUCAGUGACCUGCUGAUGGCUGUGUACAUUCUUGCUUUUGUCUUUGGUUUGAUCUUCAAUGUCCUUACUCUGGGCCCCAUCUUACAGCAAGUACGGAGCCAAAAUGUACUUGGCAUCUUCCUCCUCAGUCUGUCCCUCUCCGACCUGCUCUUCAUCUUCACCAUGCCGCUUUGGAUCAAUUACUACCACCACGACCACCACUGGAAGCUAGGUGUGACCUCAUGCAGCAUAGCGGGUUUCUUCUACUACUCCAACAUGUACAUCAGCAUCUACCUACUCUGCUGCAUCUCAGUGGACCGCUGCCUGGUGGUCACCUUCCCUCUCCGUUUCAAGACCCACCGCACCUCACGCUACGCCUGGGCACAGUGCCUGUCUGUGUAUGUUGUGGUGAUGGCGCUGCACAUCCUGGUGUUGGUCUAUGACAAUCUUAAGGAUGCCCAUGAUAAUAAUGACCGUUGUUAUGAGACCUUCCCCAUGCCCAAGCCUGUUGCCUUGUUCAACUUGCUGAGAGUGGGCAUUGGCUUCCUGCUGCCCCUUCUGGUGCUGGCAGUGAGCUACUGGAGGGUGCUAUCCAAAGUGGGCCAGAGCCCCGGCAUGAGCGCCCAGGCUAAGAGGAAAGUGCGCUUGCUCUCCUUUGGGGUGAUUGGUAUUUUUUCUGUGUGCUUUGCUCCAUACCACAUCCUCCUGCUGGUACGCUCGCUUGUCUUUUACUUCAGUGACAGCAUAGCUCCUGAUGGGAGUUACUGCAAGUUUGAGCAAAACAUGCACUUCACUUUUUCACUCACACUGGCUCUGUCCAGUCUGAACUGUGUGGUGGACCCUGUGCUGUAUGUGCUGGUCAGCAAUGGAGUCCGAGAAGAGAUUAAACUGUGUUGGAAGAGGCACAGAAGGACACAGACCGAGCAGGGCUGUCCUCUAACUGCAUACAGCAGAAGGACUGUUAGUUCAAAUUUAAUAUGAAGAGGAAUAUGUAUGUAUGUUUGAGUAUACACACAUUUGAGCAUGCAUGUGUAUGUAAGCAUGUACAUGCCUAAGCCGUUUACUCUCAUGUCUUAAUGCUUGGCAGGUGAAUGACUGUUUUAUUUACAUAUAUACAUUACAUCAACGCUUCAUGUCAAGGCAAUCGGGCCUCCUUGGACAUAACUAGAGUGCUACUUUUGAAUUUGUCCAUCACCACGAAGAGGAGUGGGUUGUAUAAGAUGCAUCUCAGAACUCUUUGAUUGGAUUGUUGUCCCAGAUUCUGAUGGAUGGACUCCUCAGGGGCAGCCUCUUCUGCCUCUGGUUGGACACGCUGCAGGUGAAGGGCCCUUGUGUUUUCCCACAGAUCUAUACAAGCAUAUUGUGACUGUGACUGUUGAUGACAUGACACUGUGUGAAUCUGAUAUGGCUCAUUGUCUAUUUAUCUCAAUAACAUGACAAAAACCACACUUGUUUUGCAUGACCAUGUCUUCAGUAUUUGACACAUCCAGUGAAAAAUGUUAA